ACCCUGGGGACCAACGUUGGGCCUAAAUGGGCUUCUGAAAACUGUCGGAAUAAAUAUAACCAAACCCCUGCCCUGCCCUUAAAGUAGAUUCCGUGAAAACCCCGACUUAGUUGUCAUAAUAACGUCAUGUAAAUCUAGCUUAAUGAAACCAUAGUGUCAACAUAAUCACAACAUGUACUCUUUACUCUCAACUUCAACUGUCUAUUUCCCCAUUGAUUUCUCUAUCUUCACUUUCACAAUAUUCCUCAGUUUUGUUUCCUUUAUUUUCGAGUUUUAUUCCUUAUUUCUUUGCUGGUUAAUUAGUAGUUGAAUUUAAAGGAUGCCAGAAUUAACACAGACCAAUGAUGAAUUCUGGUCGAAAGAUGUUAGCUAUGAUCAGCUCCAGAAGUUCUGGGCCGAUAUGUCAGAACAAGGUCGUCAGGAGCUUCUGAGAGUCGAUAAGCAAGCCCUGUUCGAGAAGGCUCGUAAUAACAUGUUUUGUUCUAGAUGUCAUGGCUUUUUGCUCGAAGAGUUUUCACAGAUUGUUAUGUACCAGAACAGGAAGACUGAUGGUUCUCAAGGUGAUGAUGAUCAAGAUCCUUCCAUCCACCCGUGGGGAUGUCUUGCGACAACUAGAGAUGGGGCACUUACGCUUUUGGAUGGCUACUUGUUUUCGACCUCUCUAAAGGGGAUUCAGAAUGUGUUUGACAAUGCUCGUAAACGAGAAAGGGAGCGCAAAUUGAAUAAUCCUAAUGCUUGCGGUGUGGGAGGUCGUAGGUGGAAAGGACCUGGAACAAGGGAAGCUUGUGCAGUGCAUAAUGCGCGGAUUCCUCUUGAAAGAAUGGUUGGUUUUUGGUCAAGCCUGGGAAAAGAGUCUCGCCAAUCUCUUCUGAAGAUGAAAGAAGAGGAUUUUAUUGAACGAUUAGUUCACAGGUUUGACAGGAAGAAAUUUUGUAAAGAUUGCAGAAAGAAUGUUGUUCGCGAGUUUAAGGAAUUAAAGGAACUGAUGCGCAUAAGAAAAGAACCUGGAUUCCAGUGUGAGAUAUCCGGUGACACAGUCCAAGUUGAUUGGAGCCACACAUUUAUAGACUCUCAUAGAACAUACCAUCACUUUGAAUGGGCAAUUGGAAGUGAAAAAGGAAAAUCUGACAUUUCCAAUUUCCAAAAUGUUGGAUUAAGUGGAAUCGUUCAAGUAAACGGCUUGGAUCUUAGGGGCUUGGAUGCAUGCUAUGUCACCUUAAGAGCAUGGAAAACAGAUGGAGACUGUACUGAAUUUUCUGUUAAAGCCCAUACACUGAAGGGGCAACAAUGUAUUCAUCGCAGGCUUCUGGUUGGUGAUGGGCUUGUGGCGAUUACAGAAGGAGAAAGUAUAAGAGACUUUUUUAAGCAUGCUGAAGAGGUUAUGAAAGAGGAUGCCGAUUUAGUGGAUGAUGAUGGAAAUAGGCUUGAUGGAGAAUGCUCGCGGAUCCAAAAACAUGCGAAGACUCCUGAGCUUGCACGGGAAUUUCUUCUGGAUGCUGCUACAGUUAUUUUCAAGGAGCAAGUAGAGAAGGCUUUUAGGGAAAGGACAGCGCGUCAAAAUGCCCACAGCGUUUUUGUUUCUUUUGCCUUAAAAUAUCUUGAAGACAGUGCUCAUGUUGCUUGCAAGGAAAUACUGACACUGGAAAAGCAGAUGAAACUACUAGAAGAAGAAGUGAUGGAAAAAAAUGAAGAAGAAGAACGGAAGGAAAGGAGGAGAAUUAAAGAAAGAGAAAAAAAGCUCCGAAGAAAAGAGAGAACAAGGGAAACUGAAAGACACAGAGACGAUUGUUCUCCUACUGAUCAGCAAAUCGCACUCGAAGUUAGCAUAGCAGAAUCAACAAUGGAUAAUGACAAGCCUGAUGCCAUUAAAAAAGGGAAAGUUAUGUUAUCAAGGAAUGAGCAACGAACAAUUGGGCACGCCAGCAAAAAUAUGCACAACUCAUCUGAUAUCAGUACUGAUGAAAACCUUACCACCAGUUCAGAUAAGAAUGGUUCAUCUGGAUCUGAUCACUUAGAGUACUCUGUAAGGAAACUAAAAAAGCGUUAUAAACAGGAUAAAAACAACAAAUGUUCUAUUCAUAGGCAACCUGGAGUUGUUUCCGGAAGUGGGAUCAUGGUUAAGAAAUCUGAGCAGAGUUAUCUGGAUAAUCAUUUUGGUAGUUCUUCAAUGACUACCACUGGAUUGAAUAAGCAUUCUAGAAGUAGUGCUGCAAAGUCAAUUAUCAGAGACGGUCGCUCUAAGCUUCACGAAAGGGUACAUUGCUCCAAUAUGAUGAGUGACAGUGGUGAGUUGCCAGCACAUAGCUGCUAUCAGCAUAGUGAUUACAGAGGCAAGGUAGAGUCAUGCUGUAUGACGACUCCAGCCGGUCAGAAGUAUGUUUGUAAGCCACAUCCUGCUUCUUUAGAUAUGUCCAAACUAUCUAAUUUUGGAAAUAAGCUCACUCUAGGAGAUUACAUUACUGAUAGUUGUGGCAGACUAAACCUUUUUGUCGCAGAGAAUGUUCCCUCCAGCAGAUCUUCUACUUCGAGUAGUGAUGCUAUGGAACCCUAUAAAAAUCUUGAAUCCUCUGGUGCCUUAUGUUAUGAAGUAGGUGGUCAGAAGACUGUUAUCAUCAAAGGCCGAGGUGAUGUUGAAGAAGAAUUAGCAAUGGGAAAUAACGGCCCCAGCGGAUUCCAUCUUGAUAAAGAAACUUGUCAGCACUCUGAGGAACUAAUGGAAUCUCAAAUUCAAAUGUGUAGUUAUUUAACUGAGACCAAGGAGCCUUCCAGUAACAGCAUAUCCAGUUCUGACAGCCGCUCAUUAUGCCUUAACGAGGGAGACUGCGAUGGGUCAUCUCCAAAUCCCCAGAUUAUUGAACCCUUGUCAACUUUAAAUUCAGAUGAUACCAGUCAACAAUCCGAAGAAAGAGAUAUUCCAAAGAAACAAGAUCCUUUUGAAACAAAACCAAAUGCACCAGUCAAGAAAAACUUAAACUCCGACAUAUCACAAGCUAACGAUAAGGAUUUCUCCCUUUUCCAUUUUGGUGGUCCAUUUGCUCUUGCCGCUGCCUACAAAUCAGAUCCUCUGCUAGAAGAUGCUGUUGGAGGUCUUUCUUUAACCAAGUGUAUCCAUCAGAGUAAAGGCGAUCGCACAUGCAGUAGAAAAGAGUUCAUCAGAGAGUACAGUUUAUUCGCGUCUUGCAAGGGAAUCACAUUUUCAAUCUUCUGAUUCAGGAAUGAGUUGAGGGUUCCAUAAGGCCUCUGAUACUCCAGUCCCAAAGAGGUUCUCUACGUGCCAUAUGGUAUUUCUAAUACACCAUAUGCUUCCUCCCAAAGGAAAAUCUAUCUUGAUUAUAUUCAUUCGUUUCAUUAUCUUGAGUCGAAAAACUGAGCUUGAUUGAGAAUUAUAAUUAUUUGAAUCUUUUGGUUAAUAUUUUGUAUUAAUAAAUGGAUUAGUUGGGAGCAUCAAGCACAAAUGCUGAUCACUUGUCAAGUCACUUGAAAAGUCAUUUUGCAU